UACUUUUAUUGAAGCCAUUUUGGUUAAAGAAGUGAAGUGUGUUUGGGAGUGUAGUAGGUGAAUGUUUAAAUGUAAUGUUUGUAUAGAACUAACUGUAAUAUGCGUUGAUUUUUCUCCUUAGAAAGUUUUAUCGUCUUACGAUGGAGCUCGUCAAGCAAUUCAAUGGAGAGCUUUCAUCUCUGUACGAGUCGAAGCCUCCCAUAUCCAAGGCAAAAAUGACAUCAAUAACAAGGACUGCAAUUAAAGCCAUUAAAUUAUAUAAACAUGUUGUACAGAGUGUAGAAAAGUUCAUUCAAAAGUGCAAACCUGAAUACAAAGUCCCCGGGCUCUAUGUUAUUGAUUCAAUUGUUCGUCAGUCACGUCAUCAGUUUGGCACCGAAAAAGAUGUUUUUGCUCCAAGAUUUGCUAGAAAUCUUCAACAAACAUUUGUUCAUUUAUUCAACUGUCCAGCUGAAGAUAAGAGUAAAGUUAUCAGGGUUCUGAAUCUUUGGCAAAAAAAUGCUGUGUUCGAAUCUGAUGUGAUCCAGCCACUGUUCGAUUUAGCAGAUCCAAAUCAUCCUGUUCACAAGGAGCAGGCAGCUAGUAAUGGAAUAACCCCAGUAAAACCUGUUCCUGCAGCUAAUAUCACACCAAAGAAUGUUUCUUCAAAAAAAGAAGGAGCAACUGCAGGCUGGAUCAAUCAAUUGCACACAGAGCCAAACUCAGCAUGUGUUCCAUCUAAUCAAGGGAAACCUCAUACUGGAGGCCAGGUGGAUGUUAAUAUUAUCCAACAACUGCAGCAGCUGCAGUCUCUCCUAUUAGAUCAACAAUCAGAUAAAAGUAUGACUCAAAAUAAGGAUGCAGACCAGGUAAAGUUUGAUAAAAAAUUGUUGGAUUUUGACUAUGGGGAGGAAGAAGAUGAGGAUGGAACUCCAGCUCAGCAUCAUCAUCAUCAGCAGCAACAACAGCAGCAGCAAGUGGUAGCUGGUCUAGACUCAAUCGGCAGCAUUUUGUCAAAUCCUGAAGUUCUUCGGCAGCUACAAACUUUGCAACAAACUCUCAAUAACCCUCAGCAAAUGAGGCAACAACAACAACUAGAUACGGAGGAGAAAUUGCGCAAAAUGCAAGAAAUGAGGCAACAGGAGGAAGAGUUUGACAAACACCUUGCACAGACUGUACCGAAUCUUCCCUUUGCUGAUGAAUGUGAGUUAAAGCCUGUUGGAGAGUUGUCCGGAUUCCCUGGAAUGGAUUUGAGUCAACCACCCCCUGGGUACCCUUCCCAGCAAAAACUGCUGGUACCCCCAGGGAUGAUGCUGAAACCACCGCCCAGUCCACUAGAAGAUGGUGAACAUGUAGGCUCAGAUGGUGAUGAGAGAAUGGGGCAUGCUGGUGAAGAUGGACCCUCAGUGGUUGUUCUGGACAGUGACUCCCCCAGUGACUCUCCAGCACACAAUAGGAGAAGACGCAGGCGGUCUAGGUCACGCUCUAGGUCACACCGUAGAUCACGGUCUGACUCCCGCUCUCGAUCUCGGAGCAAAAGAAAACGAUCCAGUUCCUACGAUGAUAAAGAUUGGGAGAAGUUAAAGCAAAGAGAGGCAGAAAAAGAAAAGGAAAGAGAAAGAAAGAGGAAAGGUUUACCUCCCUUGAAAAAAAAUCAUUUAGCAGUGUGCAGUACAACAUUGUGGAUUGGUCAUCUGUCAAAACUGGUUCAGCAAGAGGAGUUGUCUGAUACGUUUGGAGAAUUUGGCGACAUUGUGUCAAUAGACCUAAUACCACCGAGAGGCUGCGCCUUUAUCUGCAUGAACAGAAGGCAAGAUGCUUAUCGAGCAUUGCAAGACCUCAAACACCACAAACUCCAAGGAAAGGCAAUCACUUUGGCCUGGGCUCCAGGAAAAGGCAUGAAAGGUAAGGAGUACAAGGAUUACUGGGAGGUGGAACAAGGGGUCUCUUACAUUCCUUGGACCAAACUGUCUCCAGACAUUGACUUGGAACUCCUUGAAGAAGGUGGAAUGAUAGAUGAAGAGUCUUUCCCUGAGUGGCUGAAAGAAAAGCAAAAAAAGAACAAAGAUGAUGAUCAUCAUCGGUCUCAGAGCUCAUCCCAAGCCGGGGAUGACGAAACAUCAAAGGGGACAGAAUUGGACAUUCCGGUGCCAGCCCCAACACUACCAGGCUACAUCCCAUUGCCUGAGGGUCCCCAGCCUGACAUAAAGGUCACCCAGCCUCCUCCCAACAUGCCUCCCAUGAUGGCUGCUGGCCCUCCUCUCGGCAUGAUGCCUCCAUUCGGUCUGCCCAAUGUUCCUCGUGAGUAUAUUGGUCUUUUGGGUCCAAUGGGUAUGGCGAUGGGACCAGGACUGAUGCCAAAUGUUCCCCUCGGAGUACCUCCCCCAGGAAUGCAGAGUCUCAUGGCUAAUCCUCUGAUGCAUCAACAGAUGAUGAGCAGAAUGCCUCAGCCUGUCGGUUCACCUUUCAAUCCACCACCUGGAGUAGGCUUACUGGGAGGACAUCCACAAUUGUCUCAGAUUCCUUUGCCUGGUUCUCAAGACAAGGGAAAGGGAGGUUUGGCCCCCCUGGGAGUGCCCCCACCAACAGACGCAUCUGGACUUCCCCCUUUUGCUGAUCCUUUGAUGCAGAUUCCUUUCACUCUGCCACCACAACUGCAGAUGCCAGGAAUGGGGAUGUUGACUAGAGCUCCUGUAACUGAAAAACAAGUUGAAGAUUUAAUUGAAAGCAGUGAGAAGAGAGAUUCUAGCCCAUCAAGAAAUGACAACCAAUUUGGUCGCCCACCUCCACAGUUCUCUCCGAUGUCACUGAUGAAGAUCCCCCCUCCCAUGACAAUUCCACCUCCUAAUCAAGCAACUUCAGAAGAUAAAGAUGAGAGAGAAAUGAAAGAUAAAGAUUAUAGGGAUACCAUGAAAGAUUAUAAAGAUAGAGAAAAAGAUCGUGAAAGAGAUAGAGAUUAUAGAAAUAAGAGAGAUCGAGAUUACAGAGGAGAUCGCGAUUACAGAGACAGGUUUGAUAAAGAUUAUAGAGAACGAGAUAAGGAUUACAGAGAAAAAGAUAGAGACAGAAGGGAGAGAAGAGAUCGAUCAAGAGAACGAGAGAAGGAUGACAAAUCUGAUAUGGAUUUCAGAGAAAAAGACGCAAAAUCAGAUGAAAAAGACAGGAGAGAUGAUUCUUUAAAAGAGGACAAAAAUUACCGUGAUAGAAAUGACAGAGAUAAGGGUAGAAAUAGAGAUAGAGAGCGGGAUCGUGAUAGAGAUAGGGGCAGAGACAGAAUGAGUAAGUGGAAUGAUCGAGAUAGAGAGAGAGGUCGGGAUCGAGAACGUGAUGACAAAAGGGUUCGUGAUAGAGAAAGAGAUCGUAGCAAGGAGGUGAAGGGUAGUUCUGAGCGAGACAAGGGUGGGUCUGCUGGACUACAAGAUCGACUGAGAAAUAUGGCUCAUGAUCAAGACAGGGGAGGCGAAUUUUCAAGAGGUUCAAUGGAAUCAGACAGCUUUCAAGGGCCAGGUAACUCAAAAUUCGGUCCAAGGAAUGAUGUCUUUCACCAAGAUGGCUUUGCUCCAGAUAUGCAUGGGCAUCAUCCCAACAACCGUCAAGGGUUUGAUGGCCGUGGUCCACGAGAUAUGUUUGAUCACAGGGGUCCUCCGCCUGAGGGAUUUGACCCCAGAGGUCCACCACCAGAUGGAUUUGGGGGACGAGGAGGACCCCUUAUAGAUAAAUUUGGUCCUAGAGGACCUCCUCCAGAUGGUUUUGGGCCCAGGGGACCUCCUCCAGAUGGCUUUGAUCCUCGAGGUCCUCCUCCAGGAAAUUUUGGACCUCCAGAUGGUUUUAAUCCAAGAGGCCCACCUCCUGAUUUCGAUGGGCAAGGACCACCCCCUGAAAAUUUCAAUAUGAGAGGACCACCUCCUGAUAAUUUUAACAGAGGAAUGUUACCAGACAACUUUGGGCCUGGGAUUCCGCCACCUGAUAACUUCCAAAUCAGAGGACCUCCUGGAGAUGAGUUUGGUCCUCAUGGACAUCCUCCCUUUGAAGGCUUUAGUGGUGGACCUCAUGGACCUCCUGGAGAGUUUCAACCACGAAUUCGGAUUGAAUUUUUUGCUCGUGGUAGAGGGAGGGGAGGACUUCAAGAAAAUUUUCGAGGAAGAGGUGGAAGAGGAGGGCCUAUGUUUUCCCCCAGAGGAGGUGGCCCAAGAGGUCCAAGACCAGGAUGGAUGGAAGGACAAGGACCAUCACCACCAAAGGCAGGAUUUGGCUUCCCACCUAGAGGUUUUGCUCCUCCUGACCAAGGUCCUGAGCGAUUUGGUCCUCCAGUAUUUGAAGACAGUGGAAGAGGACGAGGUGGACAGAGUCUUAAAAAUCGAGGAAGAGGAUUCCAAGGACGACCAGAUGAACGUAGAAGAGAAGAUGAAGAAGCAGGUGCUCCCAGUCCCAAAAGAUCUUCGAGAUGGAGCAAUCCAUCUCCACCACCUUCAUUUGCUCAGGCAGCUGAAGUUCGGUCACUGGCAAUGGAUACAGCGUCACUGACAAUGGAUACAGCCAGUCAAGGUCAAUCAAGGGAGGUGAAUGCAGCUGAAGCAGUUGCUAACCAAAAUGAAAGUUGUUCAGAUAUUCCAACAGUUAAUAACAGUACUGAUGAUUUGAAUUUGUGUGAAAAAGACACAACUCAAGAGAAUAGAAACACUUGUGAUAUUGAGGAUAUUUUAAACUCACAAAAGCCAUCAGAAGAAAAUAAUGAACAAUGCUUGGAAUCUAACACUGUUUCCCAGCCCUCUGCAGAUCAACACCAUUUAAUGGAUGUACCAGAAACUAACAUCUCUUCCAACUGUAAUGUAGAUAUUGAUUCUUCAGAUUUGAGACAAACCAUUCGUGAACAAGAAAUAAGUUCAUGUUUCUCCCAGAAAUCACAAUCAUUACAGGAUACAGAAAUGGUAGAUUCAUCUGUUCCUCUGUGCAAUGAAAAUGAACAGUCAUCUUCAUUCCUUGCUAACUCUCAGAAUGUAGAACAAUCUGAGGGCUCAACAGCUGUUGAAACCAGUUUUCCAGAGGGUAUGUCAAUUAAUGAAGAAAAAAGGGUCUCUUCAUUAAUGGGAGACCAAGUUUCUUUCAGUGAAGAUACAGAAAAUAUGCACUCAUAUGUGGAACAAACAUCUUUGUUAGAAACUAGUAAACAUGAAAAUUCAUACAAUCAGAAUUUUUUACAGCCUGCUGUUGAGACUGACCAAAAAUCUUCAGAGGUAGAAAAAUCUUCAGAAUACAUGCAUGGCCAAGAAAUUCAGUCUGUAGAUAUUGAGAGAUCACAAAAUGAAUCCCAUCCUGAUAUUUUUGUAGAAGAACAAGGUCAAAAUUAUACACUUAAGGCGGAUUGCGAAUCUUUAGUUUUAGAUGAUGUUAAUAGUAGUAAUUUUUCCUCGGAUCAUCAGGAACAAAAAUUGUCAUCAGAUAACCAAACCAGUGAAAGCAUAGAAUUUUUUAAUCCACAACUUAAGUUACCUGCAGUCAUUGAGCCUGACAGUUUAAGCAACAUCGAGUCUCAUUCUAGUAGAACGGAUGUUGAACACCAGCCAAGUGAAACUUCAGUAUCUGCUGAGGAGAGUACUAUUGAACAAGAUGAAUCCUAGUCAGCAGGAGUGAGUUCUGUGGAUUACAAAAGAAACUUUAGCUCCUCAUAAAUGUAGCCUAUGUCCAUAAACAAAUGUGACUUAAGUGGCUUAAGUCUUUGAAAUUGUGUUUAUAGUCAGUUUCAUGAUUUGUCAGAACUACUCAGUUUUAGAGAUGAAGUGUUGCAAGUUAUUGUGAAAUGUGGUGUGGAUGUGUGAACACAGGAUUCAUUACGUCAAAUGUGAUUUUUGCCCCUUUAUUUACCAAACAGUUACCAAAAUCUAAACUUGACUUUGUGUUGCACAAUCAAAGAUUCAAAUCGUCAGAAGGAAAGGAAUUUGGUGGUGCUUAUUGUUAUUGUUUGUAUAUUACGAUUUUAAAAAUAUAUUUAUAUAUUUUUAUACAAUAAUUUAUACAGUGUUGAAUAACUAUUUAUGUUGGAAACUUGUACAUUUUAUACAUUUUUAAUUAAUAAUAACAUUAAAAUUCAAACAAAAUUUGUUUCCCUGGUCGAGUGUGUUCCUGUGUUCACGUGUGAUAGCCACGCCACCGUCUACGAGGGAGGAGGGACUGGUGCUUGCGCUCAAAUAGAGUGACAAGUACAAGGUACUGUGACUUUUAUAACCUAUGUCGACAUCGCAAGGAACUUUCCGAGUUCUAAAUAUUUUCACUAUUAUUUUUAUGUUACUAAAGUGAAAGUUUAAAUUUGGAUAGUUAAAUAUUGUUUUGUUUUCUAACUUGUUUUAAUUGAUUCCUUGUGAUGUCUGCUUCUAGUUAAGAUAUAUAUGUAAAUUUAGGCAAUGAAUAAGUUUAUUACUUUUAACGCUUCUAAGGAUGUAAAUUAUAAUUUAAGCAUGUUAUAGCAUAAAAGAGGUAUGUUUGGUUAUUAACAUAAUCAAUUGUAAAAAAACUGGUUCUUUUUGACCUUUGUUAUACUAAUUAAAUUAUGUUGAUUGUCUACGUGAAUUUUGUUCUAGUUGCUUGAACUUUUAAUACGACUGAAUAUGGAAAUUUAAUAAAAAUUUUGUUUGGUUAUGUUGUAAAUAUGAAAGCUAUUUAAUUAAAUGUUGUAGUUCUUUUUAUAUAUAUAAAAAUAUAUAUUUAGGAAUAGAAGUAUUAACCCAAUUUGUGUCAACAAUUGAAUUAUUAUUUACCAGUUAUUAUUUUUAUUGGUAAAUAUUCUGUAUAAAAUUGUUUCUGUAAAAUAUUUAAAACAUCGUAUUACUGAAAAAAAUUAAUAGAUAUAAAAAAAAAACAAAAAAGCUAUGUGCAGAUUCGAAAUUUGUAAGGUACUUAUGCUACAAAUGUUCAGUUUACAUUCACAAUAAAUAUUAGGGCUAAAA